AAGGCCAAAAAAAAAAUAAAGAAAAGGGUCCUCCUUUCUCCCUGCGAAGAUUGCGCCCAUCUUCCACUGUCGGCCAGACCAACUUCUCUGGAUCUCUCUGCGUUCUCGAGUCGGGGGGUUCUUUAGGGGGAGCUAUGUUCUUCGCUAGCUCUUAUGCGGCCAUUUUCUUCUGAUAGUUCCGGAGAGAAGUGUGCUUUCCAGGAGAAUUCAAUCGACGAGCUCGAUCGCAUCGGGCAAGCCCCGGCUUCUGGAUGAAAUCCGAGGAUUCCUGUCGAUUACGAUGGUCGAUUUGUGCUGUCCCCUCCGAGGCGUAUGCAACCGAGCGUGCGAGCGAUGCUAUCGCUGGUUCCCCUGCCUCGCCGAUCCCGUUCGGAGGUCGUCGUUGUUGUUGAAAGUGGCGCUAGUGGGGUUGCAUCUUGUUUGCGCGGGCGUUCUCUUUCUAUUUGAUAGGGAUUUGAUAGAGAAAGCACAGAAGGAGCCCUGGUAUAUUGCUUUAUAUCUACUUCUCUUUGUGGCAACUUUGAUUCAGUACUUCGUGACGGCUUGUUCUUCUCCUGGAUAUGUCCUUGAUGUGAUGAGAGCUGUCAAUGACACAAAUUCCAUGUUCACGAAUCGCUUCAAACAAAGACAAACUGCUUCUAGCAAAAAUGGGGGCUUUGUAGUUUCAUUGGAUGGUAAUCAGUCAGGGAGAAAUUUGUUGGGAAGUAAUUCCACAUCUUGGUCAAAGAUGGUGAUGGGCUUGUAUCCCCCCGGAACGUCUAUAAGAACUUUUACUUGUUCCUACUGUAAUGUUGAGCAGCCACCACGAGCAAAGCAUUGUCAUGAUUGCGAUAGGUGUGUUCUUCAGUUUGAUCACCAUUGUGUCUGGCUAGGAACCUGCAUUGGGCAGGGAAAUCAUAACCGAUUUUGGUGGUAUAUCUGUGAAGAGACUGCAUUAGGCCUUUGGACUGAGAUCUUGUACAUUGCGUACUUGACAGCUGACAUAGCAAGGGCUUGGUGGAAGGAUGCAGUCAUGAUAUUGCUGUUGAUUUUUCUAUCAAUUUCCUUGAUUUUCUUGUUCCUACUGUUGCUCUUCCAUAGCUACAUUGUUCUGACAAAUCAGACCACCUAUGAGCUUGUAAGGCGCAGACGCAUACCGUAUCUUAGGGGUAUUCCCGAAAGAGUGUAUCCUUUCAGCAAAGGUGCUUGCCGAAAUUUGUACUACUUUUGUUGUGCCAGAAGCAGCAUAUAUGAUCUAGAACGGCUGCCCACAGCACAGGAACUGGAAGAGAAGUCAAGACCAUUUACUUGUUUGGAUGUUUUUACCUGUCGGUGCUGCUGCUGAAAGUAGAGAUCUUCACUGUUUUCUUAAUUUUUUUCCCUUGAGGUGUCUAAUGAGUUUGGCUUGGAGGCAUACUGCCAUUAGUUUUAUUUAUCAUGAGAUGUGACAGCACAGAAACGGCAGUUUCAUUUGUUUAUUGAGUUUUUCCUGUC